AUGGCGUACGCCAAGGCGCAGCUCUUGACGCUGCAGGCCAACAUCAAGCGUGAUCCCGAUGGCUACAAAGACGAGUUCAUGCUGCAGUACCGGCACUACCAGGCUUGCCUGAACAUCUUCCGGCUCAGGCCCUCGGGCGACAGCCGCGAAUUUGCAGAGCUGAUUGGGUUUGUCGCACAGGUCAGCAAAUGCUACCCGCGCAGCACGUCCGAGUUUGCACCAGAGGUGAUGGCGCUGCUGGAGGCUCAGCACGCGAUCCUGGACGCUCCUCUACGGCGCGCCAUGGUGCAGGCACUAAUUCUGCUGCGCAACAGGAACCAGCUGGAUCCGUCGUUGCUGCUCCCACUGCUGUUCCGCCUGUUCCGCGUCAACGACAAGGCGCUCCGAGACAUGCUCUUCCGGCACAUUGUGUCGGAUUUGAAGGCAUCCAAUCAAAGAGCUCGUAACGAGCGGCUCAACCGCACAGUGCAGUCUUUUCUCUACGGGGUGCUGCAGGACGACAAUGAGAUGGCGGCCAAGAAGAGCCUGGCAGUGCUGACUGAGCUGUGGCGCAGGAAUAUCUGGAGGGAUGCGCGCACAGUCAACGUCAUAGCAAGCGCGUCGUUCCACCCGUCUCCUGCGGUGUGCCUGGCUGUGAUGAAAUUUUUCUUGGGGCAGGAUGCGUUGCAGGAUGAUGACGGGGACGACAGUGACCAGGAGGGUGCAGCAGCGGCGGCUGCUGCGACAGCCAUGCCCAGCAAGCAGGAGUUUUACAAGGCCAACAAACAGGGCACCAACAGCAGCAAGAAGAAGAAGCAGGCCAAGCUGCAGCGUGCAAUGUCUGCAGUGAAGAAGCAGGCGCGGCGUGAGGCUUCGGCAGUCAGUGAAGGCUUCGCUGCUGUGCACUUGCUGCACGACCCCCAAGCCUUCGCCGAACGCCUGUUUGCACGGCUUCAGGGCAGCCGCGACAAAUGGGAGGCGCGCACCGCCAUGAUGGCGGUCAUCUCCAGGGUGGUGGGUGUGCACAAGCUGCUGCUGCUCAACUUUUACCCCUUCUUGCAGAAGUACAUUGCGCCGCACCAAAGGGACGUCACUCAGGUCCUGGCGGCGCUGGUUCAGGGUGUUCACGAGCUGGUGCCCCCCGAGACGCUGCAGCCAGUGCUGAGGCAGCUGGUAGACCAGGCGCGACCCGAGGUGAUUGUGGUGGGCCUGAAGACCACUCGAGAGGUGUGCAUCAGGUGCCCCCUGCUGAUGGGCCCUGAGCUGCUGCAGGACCUGGCGGGCUACAAGAAGUUCCGCGACAAAGAGGUGGCCGCUGCGGCACGUGCAGUCAUCGGGCUCUUCCGUGACAUCAACCCAGCACUGCUGGCGAAGCGCGACCGCGGCCGCGGCGCAGACCUGCUGAAUGCCCCCAGCCUCUACGGUGUCCAGGCCGUCAGCCAGCGUGUGGCUGGAGCGGAGCUGCUGGAGCAGGCCCUGGCUCACGGCAGCGACGACAGCGGCAGCGACGACAGCGGCAGCGAUGACAGCGGCAGCGAUGACAGCGGCAGCGAUGACAGCGGCGAUGAAGGGGCAGGUACUGGCUCAGAAGAUGAGAGCGUGGAAGUGGCGAGCAGCGGCAGUGGGGACGGGGACGGGGAUGGCGGCGGCAGCAGCAGCGCAGCUGAGGAAGCGCAAGCCGAGCGCGAGGAGGCGGAGGAGGAGGAGGUCGAUGAGUGGCUGCAGGAGAAGGGGCUGCAGGGGCAGGAGAUGGCAGCUACAGUGGGCAAGGAGGCCAAGGUGGCACGAGACGAGGUCGUCGUGGCCAGCAGGGGGGGUGAUGAUGGGGCCGGGCCCAGCAGCAGCGGUGAUAAACGCGGCGUCCCAGGUGGCAACAACAGUCAUACUGCGGCACUGCCCAACCUUGAGGGCUGUGCCUCUCACCAGCGAGCGCCCCAGCCAGGCAGCUUGGGCGACCUCAAGCGUCAGCUUGGAGCGGCGGUGGCUCGCAAGCAAAACGUCGCUGACAGCAGCAAUGCCGCAGCAGCGCUGGGGCCUACAAGCGUCAGCAGCCUUGAGCCAUCCCUGCCAAUAGAGAUGCAGCGCUUCUUGACAGAUGAUGACUUUAUGCGCAUCCGGGAGCUGAGGCACAAGCAGAUGGUCCAAGCCGCCAUGGCGCGCAACGGGCUCAAGCCCCUCACCAAGGCCAAACAGCGGCGCCUGGCAGAGGCUGCGGAGCAGGAGGCCGUUGAGGCCGUGGCUCUGGAGGUGGAGCGCGUGCGCGCCAACGAGACCAGCGUGCAGCCCGACCAGCUCACAGGCCGUAAGAAGCGUGCACGUGACAAGGCGGGCCGCAUUGCCAGCGUGCUGGAGGGACGCGAGGGGCGCGAGGAGUUUGGCUCGCGGUCGUCUCGCAAGAAGCAGAAGACAGGGAGCAAGAGCGAGCGGGAGAAGCAGCGCGCCAAGCAGAUGCCCAUCGCGGCCCGAAUUCACCAGCUGCGCAACCGCGCAACGCAAGCCAAGCAGCGCCGCAACCCUAAGCAUUUCAAGGGACAUAUUCGUGGCAAAUAG